CAGCCGACGCAGGAAGCCGCCGGGUGAAGUACGCAGGUACCACAGGUACCCGGCGCCCGCCCGAUUUCAGGGCAAGUUACUGUUUUCAGAAUCCAAGGGGAAUCUAACACCUAAACAAUGCCAAGAGAAAAGGAAGGAAAACGAAAACUAAAGGAGCACUCCUGCCCAUCAUUCCAACUCUUAAAAAGUUCCUGAAAACGUAUGAGAAGUAUUGUGCACAGACUCAGACGUCUGUGUGUCCAGCCAUCAAAAGGGACUUGAAAACCAGCAUCAAUAAUGAACAGAUUCUCAGGAAGUUUGUACUUGUAAGACCUGAUGACUCCCUGCCAGGCAUCCUACCAAUUUCCUUGGAACCUUUGCUCAUGACAGUUCAGGAUGAGUGUUUCACUCUGGGGAGAGAGAUCUGCAUUUGGGGCCUUCAACUGAGCAACCCAGAGAUGGCCAGACUCGCUUUGCUUUUGGAAUCAAAGGGGUGCACCACCUGCCCAUUUACCGCCCUGGAACUCAUUGAUUGCAAGAUGGAUCUGUGGUCUCUGGGGAGACUUGGGAAGGCUCUUCAGUCCAGCAGUUUGCAAACUCUUGUUCUUGAUUACUGCAAAUUUGGAAAUGAAGAAAUUGAGAGGAUUUUCUCAGGCCUGGAGAACAACCAAAGGCUUCAAGGCCUCAGCUUACGUUACUGUGGUCUGGGGCCACAGAUUGGGCCAAGGCUGGGCUCCAUCAUAUGCCAGAGUGCCAUUUGUGAGCUGCACCUUGAUGGCAAUUACUUGCAGUGUUCUGGAGCUCUGGAUCUCCUCAGACCCAUAGCAGAGUAUGCAGAGAUGCAGGGGAAAGACCAGCCAGCCACUUGCUCACCAGACCCCAGGCAUCCCCCUCAGCUGCUCCAAGCUAAGCAGAGAGGAAGUUCAACUUUGAACCAGAUUACAGAGUCAUCUGGAGCUCUAACAGUGAAAACUACUUCAGGAAAGAAGAGAAAAAAAGGUAUUGUUGUGGUUGUUUGAGCUAUUCCUCCCAUUUCCUUCAUCUUGUAAGUCACUUCCUCCUUAAAGUAAUUAUUCCAAAGAGAGAGAAAAACCCAAGUGGAGAAGAAGAACACUCAGUGUCUGAUGGCUUCAAGUAGACCAAAUACAGAACAUCUUAGCCAUUUCCACCAGAGGAAUUUGUCUUUGGCUCAUUCAACAAGACCAAAAAACAAGUAUGGGAAUAUCUCUGCAAUAAACAGCCAGUGUGACCUGAUAAUUCAGCUUGAAGACUUUUCUUCUAUGCUCAGAAGCAGAAACUGAGUCAAU